CCCGGGUAACAUGCGAGGAUGAGGAUUGGGGUUUGAAUUUCUUUAUAAGAGAAAGUCAAAUUUCUUCAGGUCUACCGUCUCCGUACCUCCUUAUAUAUAUGAGAAGCUCAACUCAGGAUCCUAAGGAUGAACUGGCAAAAGGCUAGAAUUAUUUCAAGAGCAGCGGAGAACAAUCUUCGGAAUUGUCGGAAUACAGUUGCAGCUAGAAGACAGAAAAAUGGAAUCUAAUGGAAACGAAGGGAGUGCUGUGGAGAUCGACAAGCAGGUGCCUUCAGCAAUGGAAAAAAAUACGAUAGACUUGCUUUCCACGCGACAGAAUCAGGAGGAUCAGUUAAAAUUAGCUGAAGCUGAAAUGGAUGAGGUUAAAGAAGAAAAUGAAAGGUUAAAGAUGUUAUUAGCACGAAUUGGAAAGGAUUACCAGUCCCUCCAAAUGCAAUUCUAUGACAUUCUUCAACAAGAAGAAGCCAAAAGUAAUACAGAUACGACUUUCAACUAUCAGGCAAAAGAAGAACCUGAACUUGUCUCCCUUAGCCUUGGGAUGAAGUCAACUGAUCAGGCUAAAAAGCAUGAAAACAAGAAUAGCAAUAUUUUUAGUAAUGGCGGGCAAGAUCAGGACGAAGAAUUGAAUGGACAACUUUCAUUGCGGUUGGACUGCAGAUUUGAGCCAAGCUCGAACGAAGAUAGCAGGAAUAUUAAUGCAAGCUCCAAUAAUAGCUUUGAAGAACUGAAGGAAGAGGAGCCCACUGAGAUUUGGCCACCAAGUAAAAUUUUAAAGACGGCGAGAAGUACUGGAGAUGAUGAAGUUUUACUACAGAAUCCUUUAAAGAAAGCUAGGGUUUCUGUCAGAGCCAGAUGCGAUACCCCAACGAUGAACGAUGGAUGUCAAUGGAGAAAAUAUGGACAGAAAAUAGCAAAAGGAAAUCCAUGCCCUCGGGGGUACUACCGUUGCACAGUCUCAUCAUCUUGUCCUGUGAGGAAACAGGUGCAAAGAUGUGUUGAUGACAUGUCCAUCUUAAUCACCACCUAUGAAGGAGCACACAACCACCCGCUUCCAAUUUCAGCCACAGCCAUGGCUUCCACCACCUCAGCUGCUGCUUCCAUGCUUCAAUGCCGCUCAUCAUCGAGCUCACAGGGAGGUCUCGGGACGUCAGCUACUGCCCCCAUCUCCAGCUCCACCGCCACUAACCUCCACGGAUUCAACUUCAGUGCCUCUCAAAAUUCAAGACCACAACAAUUCUAUUUUCCUAAUUCUUCAUUCUCAACUUCAAAUUCACACCCAACAGUUACUCUUGACCUCACCACCGCUCCAUCCACCUCCUCUUCUUUUGGAAGGUUUUCUUCCUUCUCAUCUACACCAAGAUAUUCCUCAACGCGUCUCAAUUUUUCCUCUUCUUUAGAGCCUAACAGCCUCCAAAGUCAUUGGAAUGGCGAUUAUCCUGUCUACAACAAUUAUGAGAAACCGGCCUACAAUAACACCCAUAUCGAGUAUUCCAACAGUACUGGAAAGCAGCCAUUUCAAGAACAUUUGUACCAAGCUUACAUGAACAACCAGAACGCUUUUCAUCAGCAACCUGUCGAAGAAAACAUAGUGGCUGCAACCAAGGCGAUCACAUCAAACCCAAAAUUUCGAUCAGUUUUAGCCGCAGCGCUCACAUCAUAUGUUGGUGAUGCCAGAGAAAAUAUUCAGGGUGCCGGUGAUCAAAGCUCAAGCCUGAAGUUGAAGUGGGGUGACUCUCGUACGGUGAAUCAUAUCUACCCGUCUAGCCUACAGAAUGUAAUAGGGUGCGGGUCAAGCUACUUGAACAAAUCGCCGUCUUUAAACUCUCCACAACAAGGUGGCUUGGCAUUGUUCCCACCUUCAUUGCAACUUUCUGCAUCUAAAGGUGCUUCUACGGCUCCCGCUGACAAUAGGGACCAUUUCCAGUUGUGAGGGUUUAAGGUUAGACUGGUUAAUUAGUGGUUUAGCUUGUGAGAGACCAGCUAGGAUCGAUUGUAUAAUUUGUUAAGGUUUAAUUUCUGUCUAAAUGAAAUCAGUGUACGGAUUGUAACAUUUUAUAUUUUGACUCAUUUGUCAGUUUGUAACUACUUUUGUGAUCCUCUUAAUUGAUUGUUGACAUCAUGAUCU